ACUUGGCCAGGCCGGCCGGGCUGGAGGCGGCGGAGGGCCAUGCGGCUCCUGUUCCUGGCCGUGCUGCGGCGACACACGGGCAACGCCGUCACGGCCAGGCGCGUCCGUUCCCAUCUCGAGGCAGCCGGGCAUGACUGUGUCCUGAGGGAUGCCCUGGACUUUGACAGCCCGUCCGAGGUGGCUCGUCUCGUACAGGCAGAUGGCGUGGAGGCCGCCCUGGCUCUGCACCUCUACCGCGGGGGAAGGCUCCUCCAGGGUCUGGCCGUGCCCUUUGGCAUCAUCUUUGGUGGCACAGACUUAAACGAAGAUGUGAAUCAGGAGGACAAGCGUCACGUGAUGGGCAGGGUAUUGGAGGAAGCCAGGUUUGCUGUGGCGUUCACGGAGGCCAUGAGGGAGACGGCUCAUAGACAGUGGCCACACAUCCAGGGGAAGGUGUUUGUGCAGGGCCAAGGAAUCAUCACAACACCCAACGCUGACCUGAACUGGAACGAAUUCCUUCAGCGCCUGGACAUCAUCCCGAGCAUAGACAGGCUGUAUGUCUUCAUCCUCGUCUGUGGCCUGCGCCCCGUCAAGGACCCCCUAUACCUGCUGGAUGCUUUCUCAGAGUGGCACCAGGAGGAGCCCGGGGUGUACCUGGUGAUCGUAGGCCCUGAGGUGGAUCCAGUGUUUACCAGAGAAGUUAAGGCCAAAGUCCAAAGGAGCACAGGGGUGCGGCUGCUGCCUGAGAUGCCGCAGGAGGACCUUCACGCCGCUGUCAGGAGCAGCUUCGCGUUGGUCAACAGCUCCGUGUCCGAGGGCAUGUCAGCUGCCAUUCUGGAGGCCAUGGACCUGGAGGUGCCAGUGCUGGCCCGAAACAUCCCAGGAAACGCAGCCGUGGUGCAGCAUGGAGUCACGGGGCUGCUGUUCGCAAAUCCACAGGAAUUCCUCCAGCUGGCCAAGCGGCUGGUUGCCGAGCCGGCCUGGAAGAAGGAGCUGGUGGCCAACGGGAAGGCAUAUGUGGGCCAGUGCCACUCCUGGCGGGGUGAGCAGGACACCUACCAACGCCUGGUGCAGCGCCUGCAGGAGGCCUAGGGGUGCUCAGCACACGCCAGCCCCUGGGACCCACCCGGUGCCCCUCACAGACCCUCGGUCCUUCCUGCACAUUUCCAGCAAGCCUGAGCACACGGCACUGGUAGCCAGCUCAGGGCAUC